AAUACACACAGGGGAACACGAAAAAAACCCGCGACGAACAAAACAACAACAAUGUUGUGCAACUCCGGCUAAAUUUGCAGUGCUUUAUAACUGUUAUGAAAACGUCUCUCUCUCUCUCUCUCUUACCAACACAACUUUGUCCGUGUCCCGCACCCACCAACGAUAUCAUCAUCAUCAGUGCAGCGCAGUUCCUUGGGCAGCAUCACAGUGCCGGACAAAAGUAUAGCAGCACACAGUAAAUAUGGUCACACCACAAUCGCCCACUCCAAUGUUCAACGGCCUGGACGAUGAUCUCUAUAACGAUGCGAAGUUUGCGCACGAAAUCAACGACAAGAUGCGAGUGCCCAAGCGCAUUAAGGCCACAGGCGAGUUUUCUGACGAAGAUCAUUUGCUGUCGAAUCAAAAUGGUUUGAUGAACUCGUGGAAUUAUCAUGAUAAAAUUGAUAUGAAUGUGCCGGAUCGCAUUGUGGUGCUGGGACACAAUCAGCAUCUGGAGACGCGCUCGGCACCGCGUGAAAUACAGCUGGAGAACUCGAUAUUGCCCAAGAAUCCAUCGAUGGGUUUUAUGCGCGUUCAGACGCCACCACGCGUCAUUACAUUAACGGAUCAUCAUUUUCCAUCGGCUUCCGAGGAUAGCACGCCACUGCAUCCCAAUGGCAAUCUGUAUCGCCAUGAUGACGACGAUGAGGAUGAUGAGCAGAAUGCCACACAAUAUGUGCGAUCCAAUGGCAACAUUCGCAUGGGUUUCCACAAUGGCAACGAUGCCAACUCGGUGGAAUCCGAUUCACAGCUGACCACGGGCAGCGCGAGCAAGCGCUCACAGCUUUUGCAGCAGCAGCAGAGCAAUCUGGAUGGCUCGAUGUUGGCCCAUCGUGAGGGCACGCCCAUGGGCGAGCUGACGCCCCAUGAGGAGAUCCUGUAUCUGCGUCGUCAACUGGCCAAACUUAAUCGUCGUGUGCUCAACAUUGAGAUCAACAACGAGCAACGGAUGCAGCGCGAGAAGAUCGUCUAUUGCCUGGGACUAGCGUACUUUGUGUUGAAGACCAUCUUUUGGCUGAAUCGCAGCAACUAGAGCCAAAAAGCUAUAUAGAGCUUAUAAGGUCACCGAUUUCGACCUGAUGGUGCUUUUUCAUCAUUUGUUUUCUUGUUGCACACACACACACACAGACACCGAAACCCACACAGUAAUAGUUUAAUGUUUUUCCCCAUUAUUUCUUUUUUGUGAAUGGCUCUGAGAGAGACGUAUGUUUAUUAUUUUUCUUUUUGCCAUAUUUGUUAUAAGAUCUGUAAUUAAAAUAAGCACAACUUUGAUUUGUUUUGUCCGCCGUGGAACCAAAAAAAAAACUUAUUUUAUAAUUGUCAACUUGUAAAAUCUUCGA